UCAGCAGAGACUUUUUGUGAGAGAGUGAAAGAUAUAAGAAGAAAUUAUAUGCUUCCUUUAUUACAGCAGAAAGAAGUCUGAGGGAAGAUAACAAAAAUGCUAGGAGGAGGAGGAAGAUCAUCAUCAUCAUCAACAACAGCGGCAGCAGCCGGAGGAACAUGGGUUUCAACAACCUCGGUGUCGGCUUCAAGGAAGAGGAUACAAAGGGAGAUGUCCGAGCUCAAUGCCGACCCUCCUCCCCAUUGCUCUGCUGCCCCCAAGGGUGACAAUCUCUUCCAUUGGAUCGCCACCAUCAUUGGUCCUCCUGGAACACCAUACCAGGGUGGCAUAUUUUUCCUUGACAUAACAUUUCCAAGUGAUUAUCCCUAUAAACCUCCCAAUGUAGUAUUCAAAACUCGAAUAUAUCACUGCAAUGUCGAUGCUGCUGGCAAUCUUAGUUUAGAAAUCUUGAAGGAUAGUUGGAGCCCUGCCCUAACGAUUACAAAGGUUCUAACUGCAAUCAGAGCAAUUUUCACAAAUCCUGACCCUUAUACUCCUGUCAUCUCUGGUGUUGCUCGUUUGUACUUGGCUGAUAAAGCUAAACACGAUGAAAUAGCUGCAGAGUGGAUGCUGCGGUUUGCUAAAUAAUCCGCGAGCAAUGCUUUAAGGAGCAAUAUGUGAAGUAAUAAAGUUUGAACUGAGCCACAUGUAGGUGGUUUGAUGUAAAUAUAAAAACUGCCAGCUGCUCUGCAAGUGAACUACAAUAGUAAACUGUUUGUAGACCCCAUUUUUGCAG